CACCGCUCAUUUUGUCGUUGGACUCGGUUGGACUCCAUAUUACUUUAUUCUCCUUCCUUUGAGCUUAUGCUCUUGUGUUUCUGAGGAAAAUAUCCAAGUUUCCAACUAAUUUUUCAUCUUCGUGAAAUACUGCUCGAUUUUCCUACCCAGAAAGAAGACCAGAAACUUUGGCUGAGAAUCGUAUCAUCAUGUCAGCACAAAUACAAGGAUAUCUGGAACAAGUGGAGAAACUUCUUCACGAAAAGAAUAAGUUCACCGAAGUUAUUGCUCUCGCGGAACAAAAAACCGGUGUCAAGCGGCUUUACAUUGUUUCCGGUGGAGUUGCUUUCAUGUCAUUGUGGUUGAUUUUUGGAUAUGGAGCCCAGCUUCUAUGCAAUUCAAUUGGAUUUAUUUAUCCGGCUUAUGCAUCAGUGAAAGCAAUUGAGUCUCCUCCAAAAGGCGAUGACACUAAAUGGUUGAUGUACUGGGUGGUCUUUGCUCUGUUCAGCGUUGUCGAAUUUUUUUCGGACAUCCUUCUCAAUUGGUUCCCAUUGUACUGGCUUGUGAAGUGCGUUUUCCUGAUCUGGUGUUUCAUCCCACUUGCCACCAAUGGAACAAAUGUUAUCUACAAUCGAAUUGUGCGGCCACUAUUUUUAAAACACCAGGGACACGUUGACAAUUUCUUGGGCAAAGCAACUGAUGCUGCUGCUAACCUUGUUAACAAGGCCCAAGACGAGCUCCGAAAGAAUAAUUAAUUUUUGUUUCAUUUCGACUGUUUUAAACAAAAUCAAAUUCUCAAUAACACCAAUCUUGGACUUAAAACAACAAGUUAUAACCUACAUUAGUAUUUAUAAUGUACGUGUAUAUUCCGGAAGAGAUGUGAUUGAACUAAACUAUACAAACACAACGGGAAGCUCAAAAACACCUUGAUAAUAUUAUUUCUUGCAUUGUUAGGUCAUUCUGUUAAAUAUCGUAUGAUCGUUAAUUCUAUAUACAUAAAACACAUGUUAUAAUAUAAAUGUUAUGAAUUAUGUAUUUCAACUCAAGUACGUACUUAUAAAAAAUUUAAAUGCGUGAAAUGAAAACCAAUAGUAGGUGCCUCUCACUAUUUGUACCUUCACAUUUCUUUCACAAUUUUCUCAUUCGUCCAGUGUAUUUUAAUCUGAAGUAGGGAAGCCACAAAUAUUCGAAUUUGUAAAUAUUGUUAUCUUUCCUCAUCUACUUUCAUUGUUAGUGUUAGUACAUACUUCUCCAUUGAUGGCAUACAUUGUUAAUAUACAAGUGCCAUGUUAUCUUACGUAAACCUACCAUAUUAAAUGUUAUUAUUA